AUGUCUACUGUCAGGCCCCUCUCCAGCAAAGAGUCUUUCUCCGCAGCCCUCGAAGCGGCCUUCAAUAGCCCCGACACCUCACUCGAAGAAAUGAUCCUCAACAUCUACGUCAAAGAAGCCAUCAUUACCGUGAACAUGAACCGGAUGACAUGGGACGAGUUUAUCCCGUACAUAAAAGCCAUCCGCGCCAGGACAACGUCUGUUGACAUCAAAUCCCAUUACCUUUUGCGAGAUGGAAACUUGUUUUCUGAAAGACACUCUGCGUAUGGACACGGAAAAGAUGGUACGGAGACUAAUGCGGAGGCGAUGCUUAUGGGCGAGGUGAAUGGCGACGGCAAGGUUAUUUGGUUGGAGGAGAUUGCCAUUCUCAAUUCAGAUGCGAGCUCGGCUGCCUCGAACUCUACAUAG